GCAAUUGCAAUCUAUCCAAACUCAUAGUCCAGGACAUCCAUGAACGUCGAUGCUAUCUCUUCGGUGGAAUGAAUAUGGUCCUUCAACUGCUGCGUGAAGAUUUCUUAUUGAUCCACGCGAGAAAGAUAACUCGCCAGGUGAUCAACUCCUGCGCGACUUGCAAGAUCUUCCACAGCGAGGCUGCCAACCUACCGACACCUCCGCUACCCCCCUUCCGACUCGAAGAAGCACCCCCGUUCUUCCACACGGGAUGCGACUUCAUGGGCCCGAUCAGGUACAGAAAAGACUCCGGCGAGGUCGGGAAAAGCUACAUUCUACUCUUCACCUGCGCAAGAGCCGCGAAAGAGCCGAAACUCAUCUACGAACACAUCAAGGAUGGAGAAAUCAAGCGCUGGCUAGCCAAUUCAUUCAUCGAAUGGCGCUUUCAAACAGCAGCAGCCCCAUGGUUCGGAGCAUUUUUCGAGAGACAGGUCCAAACCGUCAAAAGACCAUUCCGAAAAAUCCUAGGCUCGGCCGCCCCACACUUCCGUGACCUAGAAAUCAUUAUCUCAGGCAUAGAAGCGAUGGUGAACAGUAGACCAAUCACCGCGGUAGCCUCAGGGGCAGACGAAGUGGAAGCCCUCACCCCAGCGAACCUCUUAUUCGGAUACAAGGGAAAGACAAAAAUCCCAGAACACCUCUCGAAACCCAAGAAAUCAACGGACUCUGACAAGGUCAUUUUCUCGAGGAGAUGGAGGUACCAACAACGACUCCUAAACUCAUUCUGGAAACGAUACCAUGAAGAGUACCUCCAAUAUCUCAAGAUAGCCCAUAAGCAGAAACCAAUCUCGGCAAGGCCUCUGAAAAUCGGAGACGUACGUCUGCGCCGAGGAGAAAGUUUCAACAGAGCACUCUGGCCUCUAUGCAGAGUGACCUCAUUCCCCAAGAACAUCAAACCAGAAUACGCCAGAUCCUGUUUCAUCAAAACAGCCAAGGGUCAGGCCCUCAACCGUCCCAUCAGGAAGUUAUUCCCCUGGAAGCCUAAGAAGCACAAAUCAAAUCAGAACGAAAUUCAAUUAAAAAAAAUAUGA